ACUGGAAAAUAUAAAUUUGAACUGGUCAAUCGUGUUCAACGAACAACUUUUUUUUGUUGUAGAAUAAUGAGUUCGGAACUAAUUAUUGGUGAUAGUGAAUCUUGUUUAAUACCAUGCCGUUUGUGCCUACGAGAAUACGAAAAUGAUUUCAUGCAAGACAUAUUCACGGAGGAAUCCAACUUGGAAGAGCGCAUAAUAAAGGCAGUUUCGGUUGAGCCCUCUUGCGCUGAUCCGAUGACCUAUAUCUGCUCAAACUGUAAUGCCCUAGUCGCCCUGAUCAUCGACUUUCGAACUGCUUGUCAGCAAGCCAACGAUCUUUUGAAGAGUGAAACUUAUAGAACUUUACCAUCAUCUACCUGGGAACGCUCAAAUGCGGAAGAAACGUUCCAAACGGCCGCAAAUCUAGUUCAGGAACAUCGCUAUGAAGUCAAAGCUCUGCUCAAAAGCAACGAAUCUCAAGUUGACCGAGAAACGGAAGAUUUGUUGCUGGACGUCAAGUGUGAACCGGAGAUGCUCCAAGAACUUGGGGAGGACGAAGAACCCACAGAAGAAGCUCAACCUUCCCGCAAAAAAGACGGAUCCGUAUGCCCCAUCUGUGGCGAAUUGGUGUCGAAGAAGGCCUUCGAAGGUCACCAGAACCGGCACGCUGGAGUGCAACCUUUUACGUGCGAUAUUCCUGGCUGUGGGGCAAAAUUGUACUCCAAGCAUGCCCUUCAGCAGCACCGCAGUCGGCACAACUCUAUGAGCAAGACCUUCGAUUGCGAAGUGUGCGGGAAGCGGAUAAAAGGGGCGGCCUAUUGGUUGAUCCAUCGGAAGAGCCACACGGAAGAGCCGCGGUUUUCGUGCGAUAUUUGCGGGAAAAAGUUCCACCGGAAAACUUUACCAUCAUCUACCUGGGAACGCUCAAAUGCGGAAGAAACGUUCCAAACGGCCGCAAAUCUAGUUCAGGAACAUCGCUAUGAAGUCAAAGCUCUGCUCAAAAGCAACGAAUCUCAAGUUGACCGAGAAACGGAAGAUUUGUUGCUGGACGUCAAGUGUGAACCGGAGAUGCUCCAAGAACUUGGGGAGGACGAAGAACCCACAGAAGAAGCUCAACCUUCCCGCAAAAAAGACGGAUCCGUAUGCCCCAUCUGUGGCGAAUUGGUGUCGAAGAAGGCCUUCGAAGGUCACCAGAACCGGCACGCUGGAGUGCAACCUUUUACGUGCGAUAUUCCUGGCUGUGGGGCAAAAUUGUACUCCAAGCAUGCCCUUCAGCAGCACCGCAGUCGGCACAACUCUAUGAGCAAGACCUUCGAUUGCGAAGUGUGCGGGAAGCGGAUAAAAGGGGCGGCCUAUUGGUUGAUCCAUCGGAAGAGCCACACGGAAGAGCCGCGGUUUUCGUGCGAUAUUUGCGGGAAAAAGUUCCACCGGAAAUGCAAGUUGAAACGGCAUUCCGCGGUGCACUCCGAUAAUGCUGAGUUUCGGUGUGAAAUUUGUGGUAAAUGUUUUAGUGUUAAGUACAAUUUGACGGCGCACCACAAGAUACAUGCUAGGAAAGAUCAAAAAGCAACAACAAACUUCACCGAAAAAUGAAUAAAUGCAUAACAUUGA